UAUUAUUAUUAGAUUUGUAUAAAAAAGAUGUCUCUGGCCGAAUCCUCUCGGGAGGAAAAUAUUUACAUGGCGAAAUUGGCCGAGCAGGCUGAACGUUAUGAAGAGAUGGUGGAGUUCAUGGAGAACGUAGCUAAGACUGUUGACGUCGAGGAGCUAAUCGUAGAGGAACGAAACCUUCUUUCUGUGGCUUACAAGAAUGUGAUCGGAGCUAGGAGGGCUUCAUGGCGGAUCAUUUCCUCCUUAGAGCAGAAGGAAGAAAGCCGUGGAAAUGAAGCGCAUGUGUCUGCUAUCAAGGAGUACAGGAGCAAGAUUGAAUCAGAACUCAGCAAGAUUUGUGAUGGAAUCUUGGGUCUUCUCGAGACAGAAGACAACACAAAUUUAUUGGAGAAACUUGGUCUCAGACUGGCAGUUAUACCUCUUAAAAAGGCUGAAAGCAAUAGGGAGACUUUACACAAAUAUGAGUGA